GAUGAAAGUGAUAAGAACAAUCUCGAGUCAUUUGCAACUCCCGCCAUUGUUUUCUUCGGAAAAGUAAGCCCGGAAAGUGCAAACCCUUGGAAACCCGUAACAUGAAAAGAGAAAAACCCGGGGCCGAAACCAGAAUCUGAAACCACGAAAAAACAUUCCAUAAUCAUCAUCCGGAACAUCCGGAUCCGCGCUGAGCACAUCCGCAGAGGAAAGCCGCAGUUGCUACAAUCUGUUAUCAAGUAGCACUUUUAAGCGGCUGUGAAGAUGAACCGUACUCUCGAGGUUUGCGAGGUGUGUGGUCUGGACUCGUUUACCCUGGAUGCCGGGUUCUACUACUGCGAUGAGUGUGGCACAAAGCUGGCCAUCAGGUGCGAAACCGUGAACGAUCGUGAGGCCGACGGUGGUGAUCAGCAGCACGAGGAAAAGAAAACAGAGACAAAACACGAAAUUAGUAGCUGGGAGCAGCUGAACUACAUACUGCACGGCCUAACGGAGCGACUGAUCGAGAUGGGAGCGCCGGCGGAAUUGAAGAGAUCGGUUCUUCAAAUAUGGUGCGCUUAUUUACAGAAAGCGGAAAUCGCGUUCUUUGACAAACGCAAACGCUCGCGACCUCGCUUGUCCCUGCUGAAUCAAGCGAGCGAUUUAAAACUCAUCUUUAAUCGAUCUAUGGAGCGUACCGAAAAGUCCCCGAGAAUCAGCAAAUGUCGAGAGAUUAGCGAGAAGACGCGCAAACGGAGGCUGAACCAACAGCUCCUUGAAGAGGAGCACAGUUUGCAGCUACUGAGCCAGCAAUCCGACCUGAGCAGUACGCUCGAUAGCCUUUCGCAGCAGAGUACGUUCAUGGAUACGAAGAAGCCACUUUCGGGACGGUUCAACAAGCAGGCUCGCAAGCGGUUACUGGAAGAGCUUCACAUGGAUGAAGAGCAUUUGGACUGGCACGAGCAAGAAGCACCAAUAAAUUCAUCCUGCCAUUCGAUGUCGACUGGAACGAAAACUAACCGAGUUCCGCGAGGGGCCUCUUUCGCGGCCAAUGACUGGACGAGAAUGAACCGACGCUCGGUGCUACUGGCCAUUUUGGCCCUCGGUCUCAACCAGGUCGGUAGCAGCAUAAUGAUAAGUGACCUCUGGCGAUGGUCCGAGGAAGGCCACCUGCAUUUCCAAGACAUCAAGCGCUACUUACCGGACACUAUCGACCCAGAGUCCUACACUGAGACCAUUUAUCACCUAACGAGAUUCCAUUGCUCCGAAGAGGAAGUGAGAAAAUGUGCAAGCCAUUUGGUUCGCAACUUACUGGCUAAACCCCGCCAUCCCGAUCUACCAGCACUCUGCUUGCGCUAUCUGGGCGAAUUGGCACUGCCAAACGAUUUGAUAUCCUGCGUAACGAAGCUCAUUGCGAUCAACCCUCCCAGAUGGGCUUCCGGCAGCUGGAAGCCAACGUACUUGCCAAACUACGAAAUAUCGGCCAUGCAGUAUAUUUUAUGUGCGAUGAAGCUCCUGUUCGCAUUAGAUGGUGCGACUGAGGACAAACUGGAUACCGCUACGACGAAGCUCAAUGAUCUGCUCUUACCACCGGCACCCGGCAAACACAAGCCGCUCUUUGUGUGGAGUGAAUGGCAACGAUACGUUGCUAUGCGACGCAUCAUUCUCGAACAGAUGCACUUCCCGACGCACUACUCGCAGGCUCAUAUGAUCAACGGAAAACCGGCGUUCGAUUCGGCGCUGUUUGUCGACUUUAUGGAGUCCAUGGUAGUGCCCGAUGAGUAUGAAACCUCCGGUUACCGAUCGAACAACAACAAUGGACCGAUCAGGGAACAGCGGAUAAGGAACUUGUACUCCAUUCUAUCACCGCUCACCGAAAAGCACCAGCGUGAGGCACACGGCAAAAAUACGCCGUCACGACAUUACGAGUUCGAUCCUAGCAUGCAGCCACGGCGUUCCUAUCUGAAAGAGAUUCUAGCGAUGGAUGCAGCUGAUCGAGCCUCCGUCUACAUUCCGCCGUAUAUGUGGACAGAUCACAGCGAGCGUGUCAUAGCCCCGUUCGUGAAUCCAGUGCCACUCAAAAGGUACCUUCUAAGUCAGCAUAAGGUUCGAUUAGUAACAAAACGAACCAAACUCAGCAUUGGCCACAUCCAAAUGGAGAAAUACCGUGGUGUCGAAAGAAAAAUCGAUCGAUACAUUAGAAGACACCAUCUCACGCAAGUGCUUAUCACUAACAGUGAUGACGAAUACGACGACGACGACGAUGGCGAUCCGCCCGUUGGGGAAAGGAAAGAUAUUCUGGAUUAUCUCGAAGAUCGCAUUGAAGCAAAGCAGCAAAAUAAGGAUGAGCUGCUGCGCCACGUGCUUCUCCGGAAUGUGAUAAACGAUCUGGGAUUAGCGUACUGCUUAACAACAAACGGCGACAACGAACAGAUUGCGGAUACGGUCAAUCCAUUCGAAGGUAAUCCACCGUUACUCGAAACGCUAGAGGGCGAGGAAACAUGUGCUCGUAAGGUGCACAUUGCGCUUCCCAACUAUUUCUACUGGACGCGAGAUGGAAGCUACGAUAUACUAUAUAUCGAUAACAAAGUAGACGAGUAUUUUAGUGGUCUUCCGAGCGGUUUUGUGUUUUUACUAAAAGAAGCUGCUGCCGUCGCGUGUUCCCCGAUACACGAACUGUACCAUGAUCUCCGUCAACUGGAAGAACAAAUUUUUCGGUUUUACGAUAAAAUAAAGUAGUUAUCGGAGUUCAUUAUCGAUUAAAUAAAGUAGU